CUCCCAUCCUGCACUCUCCAUAGUCUGAAGACCAGUAACCACAUCUAUUGUGUUUCUGUCAUUUGCAUUUUUACUUUUUUUUACACUGAGCUUUGCAUUGAGAGUUCAUUUUGCCCCAUUCUCCACAUAACCUGCUUCUCAAGGACAGAUAUUCACAGGACAUUAGCUGAUUUUCUUUCUUGUUAUAAGAAUUUAUUUUGCAGACAUUACACACUACGAUGGAGUGGACAAAUAUAUACCAUGCACUGUCUUAUCUACUGCUGUUAGUGUGUUUAGUGAAGUUUGGUGUAAAUGGAGGUCAUCCUGACACCUCAAAGAAUGAAGGGGCUCCAAAACGUCCUUCACAUUCCCCCGAGCCCAAAAUGGGCCGUUGCUCGUACACCUUCAUUGUUCCCCAGCAGAAGCUGAAGGGUGCGCUGUGCGUGAGUACAGAGACAGCACGGGCCAACAGCUCUGAGAUCGCUGACCUUCGUGUUCAACUUAGUAAACAGCAGGAGCAGCUGGACAGGUUGCGUGUGCGUCUGGAGCGUGACGGGGCGCUGGCAAGUGAGUUGAGCAACCUGCGGAGAGAGAGCGGCACCAUGAACGCCCGCAUCACCCAGCUGUAUGCCCAGCUGCUGCAUGAGAUCAUUAACAAACAGGAGCAGGCAGUGGAGCAGCGACGUCUGGAGGAGCUGCUGCUUAACACCACCUUACAGGUGCUGCAGAUAUCCAACAAUUACAGAGACCUGGAGAGGAACUAUGAAGCACUCACGUCUCUGGUGAACAACCAGACUCAGCUAAUGACACAAAUGGAAAAAAGGUGUCAGACCAGCAUCAUCACCAAACCUGAGCAGAAAGAUUAUUUGAUGCAAAAGGCUGAUUUAUCAGCGGUCGAUCAGUCCGGCAUUGUGCAGCACGAGAGCUCCAAACCUAAACAUGAAGUCAGGAAUGUUCAGAGGGACCAAAGUGCCCAACAGAAACAAACACUGCAGGCAAUUCAUGGGCUCCUCACCACAGCAACAGACCUACCUACAGAAGCACCGUUCAUCAGUUUCCUUGCAACCAAGUCUCCAGGUCCAUGGCAGGACUGCCAGCACAUCCUAGACUCAGGAGAAAGCACCAGUGGUAUCUACCUGCUGCAACCACAAAACUCCAAUCGUCUGUUCCAGGCAUGGUGUGACCAGACCCGGGCACAAGGAGGAUGGACUGUGAUUCAGAGAAGACUGGAUGGCUCUGUAAACUUCUUCAGGAACUGGGAUCAGUACAAGCAAGGUUUUGGUAAUCUGGAUGGUGAGUACUGGUUGGGUCUGGAGAAUCUCUACUGGCUGACCACACAGACUUCCUACAAGCUUCGAGUGCACAUGGAGGACUGGCAGGGUCGACAAGCAUUCGCAGAGUAUGACAGCUUUCACAUAGAGCCUGAGAGUGACUGGUACCGCAUGAGACUGGGAUCAUACCAGGGAACAGCUGGCGACUCACUCUCCUGGCACAGUAAUAAAGCUUUCACCACACUCGACCGUGACAAGGAUGCCUACUCAGGAAACUGUGCUCAUUACCAAAAGGGAGGAUGGUGGUACCACAUGUGUGCUCACUCAAACCUGAAUGGGGUUUGGUACAGAGGCGGCCAUUAUCGUGGCCGCUACCAGGACGGCGUGUACUGGGCUGAGUUCCAUGGGGGCUCGUACUCUCUCAAAAGGGUCACCAUGAUGGUUAAACCCAUUCAACCCAUUCAAACACUGGUGAAGUAAAGUCACACUGACUGCUGAAGUGUACAGAUGGGCAAAUUAAGCAACAUUCUCAGAAGUCUCAGAAAUUGCAGGUUCUGUUUCAUUCUCCUGGAAUUGCUGAAUGCAUCUGAUAAAUGCAUUGUAAAAUUUCUGAAUGAAAUCCUGUGAAUAAUAAUCAGUGAUAUCUGUGUGCAAAAAUCUGAAUUGACUGUGAAUGUGAUUAUGCAUUAUAUACACCCCAACUGUUCCCUUUUCACAACAUAUGCAUAAAUUAAACUGUUUCGCAUGUUCACAUGUACUAAUAUACAUUUUAUUUUAAAUGAUACAUACCAUAAUUUGUGUAGAUUUUUGUGUAACCAAUAAAUAUAAUGGAUUUAGAUUUGAAGAAAGAAGAUAUAAAUAGAGAGCACAAAUAGAGUCGACAGAAUUUAAGUAGUAUUGUGUUAAUGCAAUAAAGUAUUAUUUUUGUCAUAUUUAUUCUUUAAUAGAGUUUUAUAGUUACACUUGCAAAAAAUAUUUUACUCUUUACAUUUAUAUUCAGAGCUCCAAAGAACUAAUUACAAAUCUUUUUUCAUACAUCAAAUACAAGGGGUUUGGUUUAGCAUCAAUUAAAGAUCAUCAGUGUAGAAAAAAAAUUAUUAUAUUAUUAUAUUAAGAAAGAUAUUAUGAAAGUGUGCACUUAAACUGUCUGUGUGCAUUUUAAUAAGGAUUAAAAUGCCACAGGACUGCAGUGUAAAAAUUGAGGAUUUGGGCACCUGGACCUACCUCAGUAAAAUACUUAAAUAGACUUAUAUAAAAUGUGGUGGCUACUUUUGCUUUACCAGAUGACACAAACUCCAUAUAAUUUAAAGAUAGCAACACUUUAUAGCACACACUUUCAAUUAAAGUCAGUUUAAUCACAAAAAACAGAACUCAGUCAUCACAUGCUUUUAUAACACACAAACACACUCUGUUCUUGUUCUAAUUUCCUUUUUCUAUUCAGGUUUUUGUCCCUACAAGCGUGUUUGCUAAUUGCCUGACCUUUUGUCUGUUUUUUGCAUUCUUCCCUUGUUUCACAAUUUCUUUUGUUUUUACUGGUUAUUAUAAGUUUUUAUAGACAGCUAUAGAAUGUUUUUAUUUGUAUAAAGUUGUUCAUUGUUACAUCAAGUUGAUAAUCAAAUGUUUUCAUGCCUUCAUAAUAAUUAUUUUAAAACCUGCUUUAAUAAAAAAGGCUUACCAGAGCUAAAGCCCCAGUGCUUGUGACUGCCUGGGGGCCUGACUCACAAUGACAAGCAGAUCAUUUUUUACAUUGAAUUUUGCUUAUUAAUAUUUUAGGAUUUUUUUAAAUAUGGAAGGAUAUUCCAGACAAUUUUAAAAAGGAAUUGCAAAUCGUAUUUUCAAUUGUGUUUUCCAUAUGUUGCCGCAAAAAAUAUGACGUAAUCCAAACUCAAUUGCAAAUCUUUCAUUACCGUUUACGUUUUUCGCUUUCGCGAAUCCACAGUGACUGCCAAAUUUCAAAUAGAAAAGCAAAGUCCAAUCCCAACUGUAUUUCCUGUGUCCUACGAGUUAUGACCAUGACAUAUACAAAUAGCAUUAUUAAUUACUACGUCUGCUUAUUCACUUUCUUUGCGCUGCGUAUGUAGCCUGACAAAACUCAAAUCUAAUCUUAAUUCUGUUUGAAUUUCCGAUGCCUUGCACAGAAAGGUGUCAAACAAGUGUCAAGAGUGGACAAAAUUAUUGGCCAUGUUUGUAUUGGGAAGUGACAUCACUCACAGUCGAUGGCCAACAGGGCAAAUGCCAGUAAUAGACGAUUUUUCUGAAUGUUUUGAACAAUGAAGGUAGUCGGUGAAAUUGUGGCGGACAUUAUGAUGCUCACGCAGCAAGCUGAUGACAUUUUAUACUCUACAGAUUUCCUCUUAUUUAGAAGUGAUUUAGUUUUGGACAGGUAAAAUUUGUUUGAUGAAAAGCGCCAUCAGUAAUGUCUUCGCCAACCUAAGUGGAAUGACUAACAGGCUUUUACACGUCCUCUCACCAACAUUUAAUGAACAGUGGCAGCUGAUGUUUGAAUUUAUCGAACUUCUCUGGGUCAUCAAUUUUAAGCUGUAUUUUAGCAAGAGCGGUCAGAAAAUACAAUGGUCACGAGCAACCUGUUUUGUGCUUAUUACAAAUGCGUUUGAAUGGUAAAUAAAAAACUAAUUUGUGUUGUUUUUGUGUUAUACCCAUUGUUUUACACUUUCUCUGGUAAAGAUAAAUCCAUAAUUAACUAGAUUUUAUAUCUAAAAAGAAAAGAUUUAUUUGAGUUGCAAUGUUGUUACAAACGAGUGAAUGUUUUUUUUUAUUAUUUUUUACUUUAAUGCCAAAUAUCUUGUUAUUGCAUGAUUAUGUCUUGCUUUACUAUCAUUAUUGUAUAGUCUAUUAUUAACUAGUUUUUGUAUUUAUGUGUGGUCCGUGUCUGUAAAUUCAUUUUGUAAAUUUAAUAGCCUCAUACACAAAACUAUG